AUGAUUUACUCAUCCCUUCGGCUCUCCCUGGUGCUCACUGUCUUGACAGCGAGCUUUUCUUUGUUGACCUCGGGAGUACCAAUUACUCAGGCUGUGAAUGUCUUCCAGGAGAGACCUGUGUCAUCUACGUACGGCAUUGCUGCUGUACCAGCCGACGCAGCGCACAAGAGACAUCCCAUUCCCCUUAGCAAGCAUGAUAUUUCUAGUUUUUUCCUUGGGGCAAGCACAAAUGAGAUUUUCAAGAAUGUUUUUGCUCGGGUUAACAUUCCUAAACCACCACCACCACCGCCGCCGCCGCUUCCGCCACUGCCUCGACCAAUUCCAGCUCCAAUCCCCAAAGCUCCGGCUCCGAAACCGAAGCCUAUCCCGCCAGCUCCCCGUCCUAAAACACCGCCACGUCCAGAUCCUCCAAAGCCCGAUCCUGCUGCAAAGCCUAUUCCACCCAAUGAAAACCCUGGACAGGGCUUUGGCAAGGGCAAUGAGCCCAAAGCCAUGGACUCUUACCGCAAGCUGGGGUCACGCAGUUACGGAGAACUUGCAAAGCAUCGAAAGAAUGAGGCUUUCCUGGAUAUUAAGAAAAAUGACGAGCUUGAUGUCAUUGAUUUGGACGUGAUUGUAAAUGCCGACCCAGCAUUGAAGGUGGUGCGGAACUUUAGGUCGGGCGAGCUUGGGUUUGAUACGAGCUCCCUCAACAUGUUGCGACAAACGACUGUCUCUGUAAAGGGGGAGCCAGGGUCAAUCAUCAAUAAAGGAACAUAUGAUAAAGAGGGAAGAUUUAUCAUGUACCAAAGUGCAUUCAAGGAGCUUAAUCCAAAAAACAGCAAGACACCCCUGAACGAGAUGGGCAUGCAGAGCUUCAUUUCCGCUGCUGGAGACAAAACCAAGAAUCUUAAGGCAGUCUUCCUGAUGGACGUUCAAAACAAGGAGUUCUGGGCUAUUACCAGACAGAACUAUAACGAUUUGAAGCAACCGUUUACCCAGGUUCUCACUUUCCAACGCAACACUCCACAGUUCGACAGGUACAUGGGCAGCCCAAACAUGAACAGCAAGCUAUAUUCUUUUGCAAAUCAUCACAACGCCAUUGGCAAUAAGAUUCCCACUUCAAUCAUUGUGAUUCCCAAGAAAGCCGAAAACUCUGGUAAUAAGCUUACCGCUGCAGUGAUCUUUAAAGACCCUGAGCCAUAA